AUGAUUUCGAACUCUACGUUGACCUCAUCACACAAGCAAAUCCUGCGAAAAGGUAAUGUCAGUACCAUCACCGAUCUCGUCUUCACCCCAGCCACAGAACUAGCUCGUCGAUGCAAGGUUUCGCCUUUGGAGAUUAAAGGUAUCGUCGAUGCGUUCUGUCAGGCUGAGCCCAUCAAGCCACAAUCUCUGGAAGAAGCCUCGAACACGACUGGUAUCUGCACGACUGGCGACGAUGUACUAGACUCUGCACUUGGUGGCGGCGUGAGGACCGGGAUGGUCUGGGAAGUUGUUGGGGAAAGCUCUGCAGGCAAGACGCAGUUUGCGCUGCAGCUGUCUCUGUGUGUCCAGCUUCCUCAGGAGCUGGGAGGGCUCGCAGGAUCCUCGUGUUACAUGAUGACCUCUGCACAGCUGCCUACAGAACGGCUGGUUCAAAUGUCUGAAAGUCACCCAAAACUUGCUACUUGCGGUCUCCGCGAUGUCCACACUAUGUCUGUCCCUACCAUCCCCGUCCUUCUGAGCGCCUUGCAACGAGCACUACCCCUCUUCAUCGAGGAAUCAAACGUCCCGGUCAAACUUCUUGUCAUUGAUGCUCUAGGAGAGCUCUUUCACACCUCCAGCAAGACAUCAACCCACACACUCGUCGAACGAUCCAAAAAUAUCACUGAGAUAUCGCAGCUCCUCCAUAAGCUCGCGUAUUCCCACGACAUGAUCAUCCUGGUGUUGAACGAAGUCGUCGAUGCUUUUGAACGCGGACCUGGCUUCAAAGGAAUCGAGAAUCUUGGUCUACCUUACGCCGAACAAUCGAGGUGGUUCAGUCAGCCCGAAGGGACUGUAGGUGAAGCAAGGAAGGAGGCAAGUCUGGGUCUUGUGUGGGCGAAUCAAGUUAACGUUCGCAUAAUGCUCUCGAGGACGGGGAGGAGGCGAUAUGAACAGAACCAGAAGCGCCAGAAGCUUGAUCGACCCGACUCCACCCUGAUACGCAGGCUGAGUGUCAUAUUCAGCUCAGUGGCUUCACCGACAUCAGUCGACUAUAUCGUCGAUACGCCUGGGGUGUCGUGCCUCGUGCCUCUAUCUUCAAUGCAGGGGAAGUCUCUGAACCGUGGCCCCACCAUGGCCGAGCCUGGCCCCAACCAACUCGUUCCGCUGGACAUCGGCACGUUACAGGAUGAUAUACCUGACGAGGAAGAUUGGGAUCAGUAUUGGAAUACGGAUGAAAUUACGACCGAGAUGUAUCUCAGCAUCGAUCUAGAGUCAUGAUUGGAUUAUUACAUCGUUAAUCUAUUUCUAUUCGUACAACCUUAUAAGGAGAGCAAUGGCUAGA